UCAUCGUCUCAACUCAAAAACCCUCCAAUCACUCGCCUUUCAACAUACGUGCAUUAACUCGAACCCUCCCCACCCCCACGCGCGCACCCGAGGAAAGCAGGAGAGGGAAGAAAAAAACGACGCCCACCGGACAUCGCCGUCGCCAUGGGCUGUGCCUCCUCCAAGCGGACCGAGUCCAAGGUCGACGUCUACCGCCCUCCCCCCACCAGCUUCGCCGUCUUCGACAUCAACUCCAUCGACGAGCCGUGGCUCCUCGUCGACAAGGACCAAGAGAAGGACAGCGCUCCUGCUCCGGACCACCGCGGCAAGCCCUCCCACGUGCCCGACCCAGUUCUCCAGAAGCUCCACACCCUCGAGUCGACCGAGAGCCCCCAAUCCUGGGUCGAGGUCAGCAAGGCCCUCGAGGACCUCAAGACGACCGCCGCUGCUGCGCCGCGGCCGGCCCCGCCCCCGCCGAAGCCGCAGCCUCCUUCAGCGAACAACGGUGCUGGAGAGGCGGCGCAGGGGGCCGCGGCGCCGCGGAAGAGCGUCUCGUUCCACACGCUCGAGGAGCUCGACGCGAAGCUGUCCGCGAAGCCGGCGGAGCAGACGCUGCGCAAGACCGAGUCGAUGCGGAGCGAGCGGAGGAAGAAGACUGAGUCGCCAGUCGCGACCGAGUCGAGGCUGGCCGAGUCGGCGGCCGGGUUCAAGUCAGUGAAGGACAACAUCUUCAUUUUGAGGGACAGGCUGGAGCGAGAGAAGGAGGGCAAGAUGGCCAAUUACGACCGGAUGCUGAGCAAGCGGGACCCGCUGAGCCAGUUCCCGGAGAAGUGCCCGCCGCGUGGCGAGGACUCGCUGGUCAUCUACACGACGUCCCUGCGCGGCGUCCGCCGCACGUACGAGGACUGCGCGCGGGCGAGGGCGAUACUGGAGGUCCAGCGCGUGGUGUUCGACGAGCGCGACGUGGCGCUGCACGGGGAGUUCCUCAGCGAGCUGCGGGAGAUCCUCGGGGGCGCGGAGGGAGGAGGGCCGGUGCCGGUGCCGCGCGUGUUCCUAAAGGGCCGGUACCUGGGGGGCGUGGAGGAGCUCGUGGAGCUGAACGAGUCUGGCCGAUUCGGGAAGCUGCUGGCUUUCGCGGGAGUGGAGCGGGGGCUGGGGAGGCUGGCGUGCGAGGGGUGCGGCGGGGGGCGUUUCGUGCCGUGCAUGGACUGCGGGGGGAGCUGCAAGGUGUUGGUGGAGGGGAGGAAGGAGAGGUGCGGCAAGUGCAACGAGAACGGGCUCGUGCACUGUCCCGUUUGUCUCUAGGGGCAGCUCGCCGGAAUCAUGAGCCAACCAUAACCAUCGUUCCGACCACGUCCUCGUAUCUUGAUCUCUGCACAUAUUGGGCAUAUGCUUUCCUCGUUCAGUUUGCUUUCUCAUCAGAAAGAAAUGGUCGUGAUAUUCCUUUUUUUUUUUUUUUUUUUGUCUAUUCUCUCUAUUAUCUUUAUGUUUAUCCGUUAACUAAUUGCGCAGAGGACUAGUGCGUUUACAUUUCUCGUAUAUCGAACUUUUAGUGAAGGCUUGAAAUUUAUAAGAAGUUCAUUUGAUUG